UUGGAGGGGGGAGAUAUUUGAUAUUUAUACGAUUUUGAAAGCGAUUCAUGAUUUUGGAUUAUAUUCGGUUUUCGAUUUGAUUUCGGUGUUUUUUCUUUUUUUUCUUUGGAUGUUGGGGUUAGGUGGAGCGAUGUGAAUUUGAUUUGGGCGUUUGAUGAACGAGGCUGCCUCCAAGAUCAUGACUGACGAGGACGACAAAGUCACAAUGCAAACAAACAUGGAGGCAUCCCUUGGAUGUUUUAAGAAAAAGGCAUCUCACUUGAAGUCCCAGGAAAGUGGGAAUGCCACGGAAAAUUUUCAUGGGAUUAAAGAAGAUACUAAAGCCUGUCCUGAUUUCGUUGAUUCAGAAAAAGCAGUUAACAGGGAAGGUUCUAGACCUAUGCCCCAAUGCCACAAUAUGCCAUUUUUCCCGCAAGAAUUCUUAAUGUGGCCAAUAAUCUAUCCUGGUAUCCAGAUGCAGCAACAGCGUCUUCCGAAUGUCUUCGACAAUCAUUUCCUUCAGAUGAACAGAGAGGGUUUUUACCCCGCUGAACCUAAAAUUCAUUAUAGGCCAUACAAGAUGGUUCCUCAAGGUUACCCACAUGAACUUCAGUUUCAAGAAUUUCAAUAUUUUGUGGUUAUCGACUUCGAAGCAACCUGUGAUAAGAAUAAUAAUCUACAUCCACAAGAGAUUAUUGAGUUUCCAUCUGUUCUUGUUAAUAGCUUUACUGGACUUCAAGAGGCUUUUUUCCAAACAUAUGUUAAACCCGUCCAUCAUCAACUCUUGACUGAUUUCUGCAAGGAGCUCACAGGCAUCCAACAAAUUCAAGUUGAUGCUGGCGUUUCUCUCAGUGAAGCUCUGCUUUUGCAUGACAAAUGGUUAGAAGACAACGGAAUUAAACAAAAAAACUUCGCCGUGGUGACAUGGUCUAACUGGGAUUGUCGUGUGAUGCUUGAAUCUGAGUGCCAAUUCAAGGGGAUUCGGAAACCUCCGUAUUUUAACAAGUGGAUCAAUUUAAAGGUACCAUUUCACGAGGUCUUCGGAAGCAUGCACUGCAAUUUAAAGGAGGCAGUUGAGCUCGCCGGCCUGGCUUGGGAGGGUCGUGCUCACUGCGGCCUCGACGACGCUCGAAACACCGCCCGUCUCCUUUCCCUUCUCAUGCGUCGAGGCUUCCGCUUCUCCAUCACCAGCUCAAUGUGUCAGCAUUUUACCGAACUUCCUGAACCUCGUCGGACUGAUCCGGCCGCCACCCAGCUCCCAAAGCCAAAAGAGAAAGUAGCAGCAGGUCAAGGCCUCCAGUUUCAGCCCUCCAUCGAACCACCCAUUAUGGAUCCAGCCAUCUACUGUUUCUGCGGCGUAAAGAGCAGUAAGUGUGUGGUUAGGAAGCCGGGGCCCAUGCAGGGAAGGUGGUUCUUCGGCUGUGGAAACUGGACGGCGUCGAGGCGUGCCGGCUGUGCCUACUUUGUUUGGGAUGAAACUCAGAAGCUACUAAGUUAGGGGAAGCAACAAAAGCUUAUUUGCAUCUUGGUUGUGUUUUACACAUAAAUAUAUAAAUAUAUAAAUAUAUAAUUAUAUAAAUAUCUAUGUAAGAGUGAGUGAAGACUUUCAUGGGAGUGGAGAAAUUUCUAGGUAGUGUCUAAUCUAUAAGCUCUAGAGUUGGUGAGAGGAGAUUUGAGGGAUGAGAUGCUGCUUAGGAUUAUUUAAAUGCUUUGUAGACAAUGGCUGAAGACAUGAAAUUAUUAUAUCAUAAGUUAUAUUAAAA